UCAUCAAAUGAGAAUUACAACCGUCGUACUCAGUACGACGUAUCCGCUAUCCUUUUCACAACACCCUCUGGUCGGUUUGGUACCUGCCUUAGCGCGUCUCGAAGCAUACUCUCGCCAAUUUCACGCGCACUUCGCUAUCGGAUUCGCUUCGCAUACUCUUCUAGUCUAGCCUGGAUGGCAAAUGGAACACUCGAAUGUUUCUAGGUUGUCGUUGUUAUUGAGUUUCGGUUGAUCGAUCCGUAUCUUCGCCCCGCCUAUUUCCCCAUGUGCAUUCGGAUCACUGCGGAAGACGGACGAUCGGAGUUGAUGAACGGGGUUUGUUCGGCUCGUUUUGUAGCUUUCGUGGGGACUGUUUUGGAAAUAUUCAUGACUUUAGGUUUAUUCCAGUAUCGGAUUGCGAAUGCGAAGUUGGAGAAAUGUGGAAAGGAUAAGAAGCAAGGCGUUCUGAUCGGACACGGGUAUAGGCUCGUUUUCGAUGUCUAUACCUUACUUUUUCUCAUAUUGACCUUAAAGCUAUUACGAUACCUGAAAAUAGACAGUCUUGAAUGCCAGACAAUAGCGAUACAGACAACCCGAAUCCAAACAGACCUUCUCGCAAGAAUGAUGAGAUUAUUGCUUCAAAUACGUGUCAAAAUGUAUAAUUACAUCUCCAUUCAUCCGACUCUCGCCAAUUCUAAGCUACUCAGUGAUCACGGGCCAGCUUCUUUUCUUCUUUAGGAGAUGGUUAAAGAAAAGGGCAAUGCACUUUUGUAGCACAGUCAACGAGUAGAUAAUCUGGAAGCAAGCUCAUUAUCAUUACGUAUUUGGUAAUAUAACACUAGAAUAUACAUCAUUUUUGGAAGCAUUACCUCAGUAGCACAAUAUCAGAGUUUAUCAAGAGUCUAUUCGUGUCUUGACCCGUAAUCCGGAACUUGUCUCCAAAACCCCAACAUCCAAGUCCCAUCCCGCCGUGGCCAGUCUCUUUGCGUACUCCUCAAAGGUCAUCCGAUUCUUUCCCAAAGUCGCGACCACAUGUUCAAGCAGAUCCUUUUUCUUCGUGACUUCUUGAUAAGAGGAGGAUUGCAGUCGCUGAGCGAGAAGCAAAGCAUGGUACCAGGCUCGUAGUUGCUCACGAGCGUCGACGCCGUUUUUGAGCACCACCAGAACCUCAAUCUCUGGCGAAGAGGUCCUUCGGCACCAAAAUUCAUGGAACCCUUCUUUUCGUUGGUCGACUCGUCCGCGAGUGUUGUCAGUAGGGUUUUGAUCGAAACUCCGAAUCUGCAGUGUCCAAGUACAGAGCCUUCGUUCCACCUCAAUACAGCACCGCCUUUCUUUUCGAAAAUGCGCUCGCACUCCGAUACCUCAGCAGGUCCUAGUACUCUGUUCUCCUCUGCCAGCUUAGUGAACACAAUUGAAGCUCUCUGCCUAUUGAGGCUCGUCAUCUU